UACUCGUUACAACACUAUACGGUCCUCACGGUGGCGGUGGGCCUCACAUUCACGAUGCUAGCUCUCCUGUUGCGCGUCUUCACCAAGGUCUAUAUACUGCGAGACAUGCAGGUUGAAGACUACCUCUUAAUUUCCUCUGGCGCCGGCCUCGUUGCUUUUUCAGCAGUAUUGGUAGACAGCGGUCGUUCAGGACAAGGGACUCAUCAAUGGAAUCUAACCAUCGAGCAGCUUCAGCAAAUUCUCAAUCUUUCCAAUGUCAUCGAGGUCAUCUACUGUCCAGUCAUGUUAAUGGCAAAGCUCUCGGUGUUGUUUCAACUGAAUCGAAUCUUUGUCGUGAGCCGCACAACUUUGAUUUACUGGCUUACACAAGUCCUGAUUGGAGGAAACAUCUGCUGUUAUCUUUCUUUGGCCCUAGCUCUUGGUCUCAGCUGUAUUCCGCGCGCGAAGCUCUGGGAUCCGGAACUACCAGGCCACUGUAUCUCCUCCACCAGUUCGAUCAUAGCUUCGUCGGUCAUCAAUAUUGUCUCUGACGUGACCAUAUUAAUACUGCCGGUAUUUGCAGUAUGGCAGUUGCAGUUACCUGUGAAGAGCAAACUCAUAGUCAGCGCUGCAUUUGGAUCUGGCAUAUUCGCUUCUGCAAGCAGUAUCAUCCGACUGGUCUAUAGUAUCCAACUGACUCAUACCCAAGAUUUUUCCUGGGGAAUUGAACCGGUCGGGCUCUGGGCGAUUGCAGAAAUUUCUACAGUCAUUCUUGCCGGGUCGAUUCCUAUUCUCCCAAAGUUCGUG